UGUGAAAGCACCCGUUGCCCUUUGUAUUGCCCUUCGUAUUCCAUAUACUUUUUUCUUCUUACUAUUAUUCAAAAACAAAAGAUAACGGCUUCAGAAUCACGAAUGUCAUGCACAACAACAAAUCCUACUACACACACACACACACACACACACAAAGGCAUAUUGUCGGCCACCGGGUCACUUUGACCCAGAGGACAACACAAGGGUUAAGGGCAGAAUCUCCCAUAUACAGUGCAACAAACAGGUUUGUUCUCAUUAGAGCAUUUCAGCACCAUGGCCAGUGCACAUCCACCUGAGGCAAAAGCUCUCACACAGCAAACAUUUCCUUCUGUGAGGGAAUAGCAAUUAAAUGACAAAAUGCUGAGAUCCCAAAAUCCCUCAGGGAGCAUUCCCACUGCUUGUCAACAGUAAUCAGAUUUGAAGGUCACCCGUGUGUCCACUUUAAUAGUCAAGUGCCACAAGUGCCCCUAUCACAAACAACAUGAUGUAUGGAGACAGUUCUCUCAGUAAAAUUAGCCACCUGGGCUUUGGCCUACUUUCUAUUGGCCUACUUAUACCUAAUGGGCAUACACUCUACUUUGUUGUAUGGGGUUAUGAAUUGAUUUAUUGUCUUGAGGUCCAACCUCUGUUCAAAAAAAAAAAAAUCAUAUACUAUCAUGUAAUAGAAACAAAACAAAACCAAAAAAAAAAAAAAAAAAAAAAAAAAAAGGACACAAGGAAGCAUAUACAAUAUAAUUUGUGUACAUUUUCAAGUUGUCAUCCAUCAAGCUGGUGCGGUGUAAUGGAAGAUAAUAGAGAUGGACAUCUAUUGCAUAUAACUUGGACACUUUCCAGUGCCACUUAUUGGACCAUCGUUAUCCAUAAUCAGUUUGAUAUAUACAUUUCAGGAAAGAAUGUUCGAAUGAUCGAAUCGAAUGAUUUAUUGUGUGUAUAGUGAAGUGGUAUCAGGGUUUGAGUGGGGGUUUGGACCUCAUAACCUCAUAUCUAAAAUCUUGACAGUGGACCUGGGACAUCAACCAUAUGACAUCAUAUCCCAUGACUCUUGGCCACAGAUGUGAAGCCAGUGUGUCCAAUCCUUGGAACUGUAGUUCAUGAAUCUACACAAGUCUACAAAACAAUUGGUCUUCUACUUGCUACUACUGUAUUCCCAUUUAUCCGUGAACAUACAACUCCAGCUUUAUUUAUUUAUUUUUUAUCAUAUGAAAACGGGUAACUGCUAGAUUCCCCAUUUUCCAAGUUGUACCCGAAUGCAACACCGGUGUGUGCACGUGCGAGAGCUACCUGAGUAAUGAGAUGUGCCAAAAUGUCUCCAUGUGAUAAUUUCCGGUGUGUCGAUAUUUAUGAAAAAAUGUAAAUCCAGUGUAAUGUUUUUAUUUUUAAUACUUUCAUUAGAGUCAUACGAAGUCGGAAUUCGCCACAGGAGAGGAUUUUCACCCCUUUUUCAGUGUGAUACUAAAGAGUUUCCGUUGUUAUGCCACAGAUCGCGAGUUUCCACGAAUCAGCUCGUCUUCGGUAUCUCAAUGACAAAUCGUCGAAAAUUUACAUUUAUGCCACUUGGUCGAAGGUGCGAAAACGACACAGCAAUCCCAACUUACUGUUUGAGAACUGUGUUUCAAAAUGUUUGCCUGGUCAAAAAUUGGAAAAAGCCAAACCCCGGGGCCACGUGGAGAAAUGUAUGAGCUCCAUGCAGAUGGGAACCCAGAUGGUGAAGCUCCGUGGCGGCUCCAAGGGACUGGUGCGGUUCUUCUAUCUGGACGAGCACAAAUCCUGCAUCCGCUGGAGGCCCUCGCGCAAGAACGAAAAGGCCAAGAUCUCCAUCGACUCCAUUCGGGAGGUGUGUGAGGGUAAGCAGUCGGAAAUCUUCCAGCGCUACGCAGAGGGCAGCUUCGACCCCAACUGCUGCUUCAGCCUGUACUAUGGAGAGCACAUGGAGUCCCUGGACCUGGUGUCCGGCACUGGAGAGGAGGCGCGAACCUGGAUCACAGGCCUCAAAUAUCUGAUGGCAGGCAUCAGUGAUGAGGACAGCCUGGCCAAGAGACAGCGAACCCGCGACCAAUGGCUGAAGCAGACCUUCACUGAAGCUGAUAAGAAUGGCGAUGGCAGCUUAAGCAUCAGCGAGGUCCUACAACUCCUGCACAAACUCAAUGUCAACCUGCCCCGACAGAAGGUCAAACAGAUGUUUAAGGAGGCAGACACAGAUGACAACCAGGGGACGUUGGGCUUUGAGGAAUUCUGCUCCUUCUACAAGAUGAUGUCAACCCGCAGGGAUCUGUACCUCCUCAUGCUCACCUACAGCAACCACAAAGACCACCUCGACACAGAUGACCUGGCCCGCUUCCUGGAGACUGAGCAAAAGAUGACCAAGGUGACCAAGGACCAUUGCCUGGAAAUUAUCAACAAAUUUGAGCCGUGUUCUGAGAACCAGAAAGACGGAGUGUUGGGAAUUGAUGGUUUUACGAAUUACAUGCGCAGCCCAGCAGGGGACAUCUUCAACCCAGAACACUACAGUGUGAACCAGGACAUGAACCAGCCGCUGUGCAACUACUUCAUCGCCUCUUCACACAACACAUACCUGAUGGGUGACCAGCUGAUGUCACAGUCCAGGGUGGACAUGUACGCCUGGGUGCUGCAGGCUGGCUGUCGCUGUGUAGAAGUGGACUGUUGGGACGGCCAAGACGGUGAGCCCAUUGUACACCACGGCUACACUCUCACUUCCAAGAUUCUCUUCAAAGAUGUCAUUGAGACCAUCAACAAGUACGCCUUCGUCAAGAAUGACUACCCAGUCAUCUUGUCCAUAGAAAACCACUGCAGUGUUCCUCAGCAAAAGAAGAUGGCCCAAUACCUGAUUGAGGUCCUGGGGGACAAACUGGACUUGUCUAACAUCAAAGCUGAUGAAUCUGGAUGGCUGCCAUCGCCAGAAACACUGAAGGGCAAGAUCCUCGUCAAGGGGAAGAAACUGCCUCCCAAUAUUGAUGAGAAUGCAGAGGAAGGAGACGUGUCAGACGAGGACAGCGCAGAUGAGAUGGAGGACGACUGCAAGCUGAUGAACGGAGAUACAUCAGCCAACAGAAAGCAAGUGGAGAACAUGGCCAAGAAAAAGCUGGACAACCUGAUGAAAGAGUCUAAGAUUCGAGACAGAGAGGACCCAGACAGCUUCACUAUUGCAGCCCUCCCUCCCUCUGGAAAGCCCACUGACAAAACUGGCUCGAAGGGUAAAAGUGAGGAUGGGACGGACACUGCGGAUGAGUCUAAUCCCAGCAGCAACAAGCGUACAGGCCGCUCCUUCAUGGGGAGCUUCUCUAAACGCAAGAAAAAGACGACAAAGCUGAAGAAGACGUCAAGCUUUGACGACACAGAUACAGAUCAAGAGAGCACGAGUAGUGCCUCCCGUGCCCCAUUGCACCACAGCAAAAAGAAGAAGACCAUGAAGUUAUCAAGAGCUCUGUCUGAUCUGGUCAAAUACACGCGGUCUGUGGGUCUCUAUGAUAUCGAGGCACAAGCCAACUGCAGCUGGCAGGUGUCGUCGCUCAGUGAGACCAAAGCCCACCAGGUGAUGCAGCAAAAAGCUGUGUCCUUUAUCCAGUUCAACCAGCGACAGCUCUCUCGCAUCUACCCUUCCUCUUAUCGCGUGGACUCCUCCAACUUCAACCCCCAGCCCUUCUGGAAUGCCGGCUGUCAGCUUGUUGCACUCAACUACCAGUCAGAGGGCCGGGUCUUGCAGCUCAACAGAGCCAAGUUCUACAGCAAUGGAAACUGUGGCUACAUCCUAAAGCCCACCUGCAUGUGUGAAGGUGCCUUUAAUCCCAACCUGGAGGACCCACUGCCAAGUCAGAUGAAGAAACAGCUGGUGUUGAAGAUCAUCAGUGGGCAACAGCUUCCCAAACCCAAAGACUCAAUGUUAGGGGACAGGGGAGAGAUCAUUGAUCCCUUUGUGGAGGUGGAGAUCAUUGGCCUUCCAGUUGACUGCUGCAAGGAGCAGACCAGAGUGGUGGAUGAUAACGGGUUCAACCCGAUGUGGGAGGAGACUCUGGUGUUUACUGUGCACAUGCCAGAGCUGGCCUUGGUGCGUUUCCUUGUGUGGGACCAUGACCCCAUCGGCCAGGACUUCAUCGGCCAGCGCACCAUUGCCUUCAACAGCAUGAUGCCAGGUUAUCGACACGUGUACUUGGAAGGUAUGGAGGAGGCUUCCAUCUUUGUUCAUGUGGCUGUGAAUGACAUCACUGGUAAGGCCAGAGUAGCCAGCGGCAUAAAAGGGCUGUUUCACAGAAACCCAAAGCAGGCUUCCCUGGACAGCCAUGCUGCUGCACAGCACAGCCGUAAGCACCCAUUUGGUGCCCACCUCCUGCGCCGCACUGCCAGCGCACCCACCAAAGGCCAGCCCAAAAUCAAGAAGGGCUUCCCAGAGAUCACCAUCGACACCAAAGACUACAGCUCAGAGGGUGCUAGUGAGGAACGAGAGUCUGAAGACAGGGACAAGGCCUCUGCUGCCACCUCUCACCAAUCCACACCACCACAACACCACACCGGGGAUCCACCAGCAUCCCAACAAGCCAAGAGGUCCUGGGACCAUCCUGACACCAAUGGGGCUUUUCACCCUGAGGAGGGUAAAGAUUGUUCCACAGUGCACAGACCAUCUCCCCCUCUUUCAUUUCUUGUGCUGAACUCUGGAGACACCAGGAACACGUGUUUCAUCCGUUCUGUCUCCACUCCAGAAGAGAGCCUGUUUUCACAUCACUCUUCAUCCACAUCACUACACUCAGCAUCCACAACAAUAAAUGCAGAUUCCCCAUUGCCCCUUUCAAAUGGGGUGGUGGACAGUCCUAUCAAGAUGAGCGGAGACCCUAAGAAACUUCCUACCUUUUCCAGAACCAUGUCAUUACCUCUUACCAACCCUGAUGAGAAAACAGUCCCAUCACAGUGCAGUCAAGACACCCAGUCCAACAAAAGUGCUCAUUCAUUCAUGGAGAAAACACCAAACCAGAGAGAAAACAAAGAAACUGUGACAGAGAAGAAAAACGAUACAGCAGAGUUAAAGUCUGACCACAAACCAGAGCCUCCUGUUGCAGCCGUAUCCACUGGAACCCCUGCACUUCCUGCAGCUCAGACAGCCCAGGCCAGAAGAGCACUUUUUAGCAAUCUGACAUCACACACACCAGUAAGAAGAACAAAAAGUGAGGGCCAUGUUCGGAUGCCUGUAGCCUCAGCUGGACAGACCCAGUCAGCUGUACCAGAGGUCUGUGUGGAUGCUACCAUAAAUGACCGCCUUUGGAGUAAGCUGGAACCAAGCAGUCACCGAGACAGCAUGUCCUCCUCCUCUAGCAUCUCUUCCAGCGACACCGUCAUUGACCUCUCCCUGCCUAACCUGGCCAGGAAGAGCCUCACCAGCCUGCCCACAUCCAGCAGCACCUGCAGCCCUCCCUGGGUCAACUGUCGUCACUCAGCAUUAGUCUCCUACGAUGCCCUGCGAGUCAGCAAGAGCAAGUCAAACCCCAAUCUUCAGCAAAGUGAGUCCUCAGAGGAUGAGCUUAAGCCCCGACCCCUGCAGCCCCCCCAGGAAGCUUCUGUGGACUCAUCCAGUAGACUGACUCAAAGGAGGCACACCUGGAGCAGGCUCUACAUGGAAGGCCUCAAGCAGUCAUCAGUCAGCCGGCCAUCCUCGGCAGCUACAACCCCAACAGCUACAGCUUCCAUGUCCAAAAGCCUUGGGGAUCUGACCUCUGAUGACAUUUCCUGUAAUUUUGACAGUAAGUACCGCAGCAUCAGCCGCAGCUUCAUUGUUAGGCCAACCAGGGACCAGCUACGCAAGGGGACCCCACACAAGUCUCGUCCAUCCAGCAACCUGACAGAGCAACUACGGAAGCUUACUGAUGUGGAGCCCCUGAGUGCUAGUGACUUCGCCCCAGAAAACAGGCCUAAAGAGUCACAAGAGGAGUCUGUGGAUGAGACUCUGGUGCGAAGGACCUCCUCAAGGAGUCAAAGCAGGGUGCGGUACAUUGCAAACAGGGCUAAGAAGGCCCAAGAAAGGCAGAGGCUCCAGGGCCUGGUCCAGGGCAGAAGUGCAAGCUUUAGCCUCGCUGGUAGCAUUGGCAGUGGAAGUAGUGCUAGCCCCAUUGAGGAGCGGGGGAACCCCGAAGGGGCGUGUUGCGUGGCCCGCAGUCCCUGCACCAGCCUGGACCUACUGAGUCAGCUCACCCCCCUAGGAUCCCCCUCUCCCAGACAGUCCCAGUCCUCCCCAGACCCUGAAAACAGUGAAGUCUUUUUCAUGCUCAAACUCUAACUGGUUGACUUGGAACUGAGUGUGAGAGACACAGCUAGAAACUUGCUUGGAAUACAGUCCAGUUUUUCUCAAGUUUUUAGAAAAAUGUGCAUAUCUUGCAGAAUGUCUCACAGAAAACUGGUUCAUAAUGCAUAUUAUUUUAACAUCUCACAGAACACUGACAUCUACUGAAUUAGUAACCCACGAACGAUCAAUUCCUCAUCUUGAGUUUGUGCAAGAUCCAUUUUAUAACCUGUGCAUCCAGAAAACAUUGUCUUGAAGCUAAUGGAGAGUUCUUAAAAAAAACUACUACAGCUGUGUCAUCUCUUUGCACCAAAUGUUAGAUAUUUGCCAGAAUGUAUUUAGUCAUCAGGAGUUUUUAUAUGGCUGUUUAAGUAGACUGUGAUCUGCUCUCAUGUUUGAGAAUUUUUUGAAAACUUUACCUGAGCAUACAGUAGCAAUAGAUCACAACUAGAGGACGGGAUUUUAAAUGAUCCAUUCUUUUUAUUUACUUGAACUGUAAUGACAAUUGUAAUUUAACCAAGUUGAAAAUGAAUAUGUCAAAGCGUUAUUAUCAUCCCAUCUACUUGCAAUAUUUUGAAAAUGAUGGCAUGGUAUCAUAUUGAAGAUAAUGUAGAGUUUGAUGCUAAAAGCUGCAGUUUGUCUCAUGUCUUUAAAAAAAUGGAAAGGAAUUAUUCCUACAAUGCAGGACAAAAUUUUUAGUAUUCUUUGUGUAGUGGUUAUAUUGUAAUUUGACCAAGCUGCCAAUAUUUUGCUAACCUUCUGAUCUGUGGCAUGUCACAGUACUGAGAUCCUGUACUUUAAAGCAGUGGUAGAUUACUCCACACAAAGUUUACCCCUUUUUAGUUGACUGCAUGUCUUUUAUGCACUGUAAUGUUUAUCCUACGACUGUGUUUUAUUUUACAAAAACUUUUUUAUGAAGAUUUAUUAAUAUUCCAAAGCUCCUUUUUUGGAUCGUCUUAUGGUGGUCACGAGAGAAUCAUGUCUGAAAACCUGUGUUCACAUCAGUCCGUAGUACAAAAACAAAAUGGAAAUGAUCUGUAUCAAAGCACGUUUAUUUGUCGACCUGCUGUAUUGUUUGCACUGCCAUGCCAGUUCUUUGUGCAAGAUUUUAGGGAUAAUAUUUAAUUCAAACUAUGUGUAAUUAUGACCUGAAUAAAUCUCAAAUUAAUAUUA